UCAUUGUGAUAAGAGAUUGCUUAUUGUCUUGGUAUCAGAAUAUGUAUAAUUAUAUAUAUUAAAGAUACUUUAAGCAUUUGUACUAAAUCACAAGUAACAACGAGUAAUAAAUAUCAAUCAUCGUGCAUUUGUCCCCUAUCAUAGAAUUAAUUGAGAGCCAACUGUAUAUUAUGUACCUUGUACUACAAUUCAUUUUCUGAACUACUUUAUUCGUGAACAUAUCGUGAAUUUACAGUAUUUUUGAAUUUUUUUUAUUUGAAACUAAUAUUUUUAUAAUAAUUCUAUAUCCUAAAUAAUAAUUCUAUAUUUAUAUAUAAAAAAUAAAAUUGUAAUUAUUAUUUUUUUUUCAAAUUUAUAUUUGUAACUUAAUAGAUUAAUUAAGAAAAGACAUAUUAGGAAAAAUUUGUUCUAAAAUAGAAAAUUUUUAGAAAUAAAAUGAAUAUGGAGAACAAAGAUAAUAUAUUAAUACCGGGUCAACGGAUUCGUCCACCUGGCAACAAACAAAAAGUUUUACAACUUUUAGAAGAACUCUAUGGUUUGAAAACUUUAAGUAUAUCUGAAUUAAAUGCAUAUGAUGACAGAAAUUAUCAUGUAAUUUGUGAAGAAACUCAUAUGAAUCCUCAUAUAACGAUCAUAAGUAAAUAUGGCUAUGUUUUGAAGAUCGUUAAUUCUUUGGAUUCGCAGAAAACACACGUGAUUGAAGCACAAACUGAAAUGUUAAUAUUUUUGCAUCAGCAAGGUAUUAAUUGUCCUCUGCCUGUAAAAAAUAUAAAUGGAUUGUAUUACACUCUAGUUAAAAUGAAUAAUGAAUAUUCUGAAAAUUAUGCUGUCAGAUUGUUGAUUUAUCGAUCUGGUGAAUUAUUGCAUCGUGUACCAAUUACUGAAGAUUUGCUACGAAAUAUAGGUAAUUUUAUAGCCCGACUUGAUAAUAUUCUAAUGACUUUUUCCCAUCCAGCUUAUAAUCAUCAUAAAACACUAUGGAUGUUAAAUUCUGUACCACAAUUACACCAAUUUAUCCAUGCUAUAAAAAAUAUAUUUGAAAAAGAGUUAGCGUAUCAGGUAAUAAUAGCUUUCGAAAAGGAUGUGCUUCAAAUCACUUCGCAAUUAGAACAAGGUAUGAUACAUGGAGAUAUAAACGAACAAAAUCUAGUGAUAAGCUCGAAUGGCAAAGAAAUAUUUGCAGUCAUCGAUUUUGGUGAUGCACAUCGAACAUGCUUAAUUUUCGAAUUAGCUAUCGCAUUGUGUUACAUGAUUUUACAAACUGGCGAUAUAGCGAUGGGUAAAUAUAUAAUCGAAGGUUAUCAGGAUAUUAGAAAGCUGACGAAUCUUGAGAAAAAAAUUUUGAAAAUUAGUGUUUGUGCAAGAAUUUGUCAAAGUCUGAUUAUGGGUGCUUAUUCCUAUCUUCAUGAUCCACAAAAUGAAUAUUUGCUUACGACUCAGAAAUCAGGAUGGUCGUUAUUAAAGAAGCUUUGGCCUCUUACUCAAGAUGAUGUUCUUCGAAGUUGGGGAUUGAUAAACUAAAUUCUUCUAUUUAUGCAAUUUUUCAUGUCCUAUAUAUAAUUUAUUGUAUAUUGUAUAAUUCAAUCUUAAUAUUUCAAUCAAUUAUUAUAUUAUUUGAAAUCUGUUAUCAAUUACAGAAGCAAUAAAUAUGUAAAUUUAUAUUUUAA